AUGCUCGUCAAAGCCACCGUCCUCCUCGUCCUGCAGCUCGUGGCCGCCGCUCCGCUCGACAGCCGGGCUCCACAGAACAACAACGACGCCGUUGCAGCCCCCAAGCCGCCUGUCGCCCCCAUUGCGUCUAUCAUCUCCGCGCCGGUGCCCUCGCCCUCGAACACGUCGAGCGUUGCCCCGCCGCCCCCGCAGCCGACAGACACCAACCCGGCCAUCAACCAGACAGUCUACUUUGUGUGGCCGACGCAAGACGCCUGGUGGGUCAAGGACCCAGACUAUUCCCAGCCCAACCUGUUUGAGCUGCGCUUCCCGCGCCUCUCGUACGGCUUCACCGUCUACCUCACGCACUGGAACGCCAGUAUGCUCGCCGAGCCCCGGCCUAUCUGGAUCGGAGGCAUUCAUUCCAACAACGGCACCACCAACCUGCAGAUCAACGACACGAGGCUGGACUACCCUAGCGGUGACCCCCUGGAUGACCCAGGCCACGGCUACAUGCUUGUCGCCAAGUCGGAUGAUGGAGUCCACGCCUUCGGCUCUCAGUUCUUUGAGCUCAAGCCCAAGGGCAGCAAUGCUACCUACCCUUCAGGCUGGAUCUCCGACUUUUAA